AUGAAUGAGGCUUUUCGGGCGGGUCAUGUUGCGAUGAAUGAAAAUCCUCCCGACUAUCAAGUCAAAGGAAAGAGAGGCGCUCAACUCUUCGAAAUACGUUCUCGGCUCGCCACUGCAUUACAUCGAUUUUCUGUUGACGACAAGAUUUCCAAAGGCUGGCCAACGUCUCGUCGCUUGGGAAUACUCUCAGAUUUUCCAUUUCCCCCAAUCAGGCGGCUCUUUCAUAGUUUAUGGCUUUGUUUACCGUCGACAGCACGUGUAUACUUCUAUCGCUUCUUGGUACGAUUUGGUGCAUGGCUAUAUGGACCAACCGGAGCAGUACUGGUGUCUCGAGUGCCUUUCGGGCUGUACAUCAAGCGGACCACACGUUCUGGUCUGAAUGAACCAAAUGCCCUCAAAUUAGUUGAACAGUACACAUCCAUCCCAGCACCACGUUUCGUCGAUGUUGGAAACCAUGGAAACGAAAUAUACCUAGUCAUGACGCGCGUCCCUGGCCAACAGCUCCGACACAUUUAUCACUUGAUGUCUUAUACGGAGCGUAAUCGUCUUGCGGAUGAUUUAGCUGAUUAUAUCUCUCAGUUAGGGAGAAUUCCUAAUACUACAGCAUAUAUGAUCGGCGGUACGUUAGGAGGCCCAGCCAUUGAUCAUCGAAUGCCCAAUAGUGGUAUCGGAGGCCCUUUUAAUACCGAAGCCGACUUCAACAACUUCCUCGUCAGCCAUAUAGAGUCCACAUCUGCUAGAAUUCUCGGGGAAGAAAACGAACCCAGGAAUCAUCGCUUAGUUUUCACUCAUUCAGAUCUCCACUGGUCGAAUAUCUUGAUGGAUCAAGGAAGGCUGUCUGGGAUUAUAGAUUGGGAAUGCGCAGGGUUUAAGCCAGAAUAUUGGGAGUUCACUAAGGCUAUGUAUGCAGUAAUGUGGCACAAGGAUAAAGAGGAACUUAUCAAGAGGGCUUUUGGGAAGAAGUAUGAGAAAGAACUGGAGGGGGAAAGGAGGUUGUGGGAUAUAACCCCUUUUGGUUGUUGA